CUGGUUCAGACGGAGGCGCUGCUUCUCGAAAUAAGCUUAUCCCGAUUGACAUGAAGCAUCUGAUCCAGCCAUUGGUGGCACUCAAGCUCGGGAAGUCCGUGAAGUUGCUCGCCGACCAGCCGUUGGCAAUUCUGGACCAAGACGACGACGAGCUUGAUCGGAAAUUGUUCGCAAACAAAACUGCAGGAGCCCCGUCUACCGCCACAUCGGGAGGUGCAGCACAGAUGGAGAGUGGCAAGGAGCUGCAGGAUUCUGACGGCAAGCCGGCAGCCAAAACUUCCGAUGCUGUUCAGCUGCAGUCACAGCCAGCAACCGUUUCGACCAGCACCGGCUCACACCAGGAGCAAGAGUCCAACAAAACCAUCGAGGACCUGUUGAAAUCGAAAUACGAAGAUGAGUUUGCCUGUCGGAAGAACGUCACUCUUAAAGAAUACGAGUCCGAGCUGGACCAGGAAU